UGGAAAUAGAUAAGUAUGCUGAAUGUUCAAGAACAAGUGAAGAGUAGCAUUUAGUUCUAAAUUGGCCUUACUCUGUUGCCAGAUUUCCAGAAAGGUGUAGGUCAGAUUUACUUACGGAUAACUUCACAGCAUAUCGGGGUAGUAUUUAAGUUUCCUGAUGAAACUACCGAUGUGUAAAGUUUUGAUCUAAAGGAUUUUGUUUUAAAUACGUGGUGAUUUGUUAAUUUUUUGCUAAAACAUUCACUUAGAUGAUGCUAGACUGAAGGAACAAUUUAGCAGCAUGAAUUCAGAAGAGAUAGAUACUUCAUCUCUUUACGCAUCAGUUUCAUGCUCUAAAGAUGUUCUGCAGCACGUGUAGGAUAAUCAGCAUAAUGCACAUUAGGACAUCUCUGUGGAGAGGAAAAAAAGGAUGUAAGGUUAGAUAUUUGAACAGAUUUGCAUAUAAUUAUAUAAUGGGCGUCCAUUUUUCUGAAGAAAAAAGUGCUCAAAACCGUCAAUGUAGCCAUUAGGUACUGAGGCCAUUUAGUUACCUUUCAUUUGCAGAUACUGCAUUCGGAUCUAUUUGCGUUAGUACUGUUUCAAAGAUAAACGAGCUUGUUACCUUUCAGAACUCAGUGUAGUUUGUAUAGUUCCAAGGCAGGAAAGCAGUCAAUUGCUGAUGAUACUGAGGAUUUAUGAUGACACCGCAGGCUUUGCAGACAUCCUUUAAUAAGCAGGUUACAGAUUCAGAUCCAGAUGCGGUUGAUUAAAGGCAGUAAAUUCUUCGAAGGCUCUGUGGAGUCACUUGUGUCAGUGCUGUGACUUGUCACUUGUGUCAGCACUAAAUAAAUGAAUGAUACGGUCUGGAAGCCAGAAACGGAGUGAGCUUGGAGAUGAGUUUGCCGACUGGUCCUGUCAACGCUGCAGGCAGCCAUUCGAGGUUAGGACUGAGGGGUGCGGGAUCUGUGCUGCUCUAAUGAAAUGCAACCCUUGCACAUCUCGCUGUGCUGUUCCUAGUCGGUGCUUGAAUUAAAUCCUGUCUAAUCUCGACCUGUCAGAAAUACAGAGGUUUAUUUGCGUGCAUGUGUUGGGGUUGAAUUGUCACAGUAACACAACUUUCCUGGAUUCCUCGUGCGGAUCUUGUGAAGCUUUUCUCAGAUGUUCUUGUUUCCAGUUUGUGCUGUGUUUACUAAUUUCACUGAUGUUAAAAAUGACACAAAAGCAAAUGUAAAGAGUACUGUGGGAGCUCUAAAUGGAGCUCGCCAUUUUUGAGCAGAUGUGCUGAUUCUUAGCUUUUUUAUAAAGCAGAGUGCUUGUAUUGGUAUAAGAAAGGCAUGGGGUUUUUUGAAUGUGUUGUAAUUUUCCACUGUGUUCUUCAGCAGCUGAGAAGUCCCCCCUAGCGUGCCACUCCAGGAAGUGCAUUUGUUGUGGGAGAGAUUUCUUGUUGAGAGAUCCGAAUUUUAGACGUUGCAAAUGUGCUUCUGGAAAUAAUAGAUAUUGCCUGUAAGAGCUGUGGGGAAGAUAAACAAGCCACUAGCGAUUCCCAUGAUACUCCUGCUGUUUGUCUCGAUAGUUUCUUUGUAUUCAGUGCAUCUCCUUUUGAAGACUGCCAAUGAAGGAGGAUCUUUAUUGUAUGAACAGUUGGGAAUGAAGGCAUUUGGUAUGGCUGGAAAACUUGCUGCUUCUGGAUCAAUUACAAUGCAGAACAUUGGAGCUAUGUCAAGCUACCUCUUCAUAGUGAAAUAUGAGUUACCAUUGGUCAUCAAGACAUUUAUGAACAUCGAAGAGACCACAGGAGAAUGGUAUCUUAACGGCGACUAUUUAGUGCUGCUGGUGUCUGUCAUCCUCAUUCUUCCCCUGUCCUUACUGAAAAAUUUAGGGUAUUUGGGCUAUACCAGCGGCUUUUCCUUACUUUGCAUGGUCUUCUUUCUGAUUGUUGUAAUUUGGAAGAUGUUUCAGAUUCCUUGCCCAAUGGACAGUGACUUCAUGAACAUGACAUUAGCAAAUCUGACAGUGGCGCCUUUAGUAAAUGAAAACAUAACAAGCGAUGAUAUGUGCAAGCCAAAAUAUUUCAUCUUCAAUUCACAGACUGUCUAUGCUGUCCCAAUCCUAACGUUUUCUUUUGUCUGCCAUCCUGCAAUUCUUCCUAUCUAUGAAGAACUGAAAAGCCGAAGCCGUAAAAGAAUGAUGAAUGUGUCCUAUGUAUCUUUUUUUGCCAUGUUCCUCAUGUAUUUAUUGGCUGCUCUUUUUGGAUACCUGACAUUUUAUGGAAAUGUGGAACCAGAGCUGCUUCACACCUACUCUGCUUAUCUGGGUGCUGAUGUUCUUCUUCUUAUUGUGCGUCUCGCUGUACUUAUGGCUGUAACCCUUACUGUACCUGUAGUUAUUUUCCCAAUCCGCAGUUCCAUCACCCAGCUGUUGUGGGCAGGGAAGGAGUUUAGAUGGUGGCGUCACUGUUCCAUUACAGUUGCUCUGCUGGUGUUUACCAACGUGCUUGUUAUCUUUGUCCCUACUAUCCGAGACAUCUUUGGAUUCAUCGGUGCAUCUGCGGCUGCCAUGCUGAUCUUCAUACUUCCUUCUGCCUUCUAUAUCAAAUUAGUGAAGAAGGAACCAAUGAAGUCAGUGCAAAAGAUUGGGGCUGCGUUCUUCUUUCUAAGUGGUAUACUUGUGAUGACUGGGUGUAUGACACUGAUUAUUCUAGACUGGACCCAGAAUGUUGCAUCUGAUGGCCAUUAACUGUCCUGGUUUAAUCUCUAAUCCUCCACUUCAAAUGCCAGUGUUCACUCAGUACCACUGAGAAUCAAAAUGAGCUAUUCAGCUUCCUUUAAAAUGCAGAUUCUUUGUUGAUGGUUCUUCUGAUUGUAGAAUACCCGAACUCUGCCUUUAAGAAACUAUUCUGCAUGAUGGAAGUGGAUUUUAACAUCAAACCACGUGGGUGUCUGGCUGAAGGAAGUGACAACUUUAUUCCAUUCCAGAGAAUGGACAGAACUCUCCGUAGACUUUUAUCAAGCCAUGUUUGGCUUUCGUCAUUGUUACUUGGAUAUUUUGUUAUUUUACUUGAAUGUGCCUAAUGGAACCAUUUGAUGUGAGAAAUAACUCUUUAAUUUACAGCGAAGUGUUUAAAUAACCAAUGAGAGAGAGAGAGAAACGCUAUUAUUUUUUGUACCAAAAAUUCUUAUGGACCUCAAAAGCACUAUUUUGACUUUAAGAAACAUUUUUCUAAAAAGAAUAACAUAGAAGAGCUCAUAAAAAUAUUUAAUCAGCGUCCUAAAUUAAAUCUAGAGGCAUAAUUAGAAGAAAUUUUAUUUUAAAAAAUAUUUCUAAUGACCAAAAUAGAAAAUGACCCAAUUGAAGUCAAAAUUCUCUAAUUAUAAAUGCUUCCCAUGAAAUUCACUUGGUUCAAAGUAGAGUGAAAAUAAUCCUGAAAAUAAUUUAUCAGCUUACUUAAGUAACUACAGUUACCUUAGUUCCCAGAAAUGGUGUGGAAACCCAAAUUUUCAAGCUUUAAAAAAUCCACCCUUUAGAACGGGUACGUUUGAGAAAAACGUAGCUGAUCUAAGAAAUCGUAAAGAUGGCGUUGACAUUUCCCUUCUUGAGGUACUCAAUAGUGCAAUUGGGUAAAACAGGGUUUGGGGGGUUUUGCCUUUUUGUGUUUUUUCUGUUGUAGAUAUGAACUCAAUGGCUCUGGAGUAUCGCUCCAUUAAUAUAAAACUCCCUCCUGGAGUUCUUUUUAUUAAUAAGGUCCAUUUUCAGUUGUAGCAAUGUUUGUUGGAUUUUUUUCUUCUGUCCAAUCUAUCUUGACACUCUGUAGGAAAACAAAAAGGUCCUAAUGUAGUUUACUAGUUGUAUAAUACUCAAAAACUGUACAGUAUUUCUCAAAUUACUCAUCCAUUAUUGGAUUUUGAAUUACUUGACUAUUCUGUUUCUGAGUCAAAUCCACAGAAUAACUGCACCAGUAUUUCAUGCUUGGUACAAACUCUCUUCGCAUACGCAACUGGGAUUCCUCUUCCAAUUUAUACUGUAUAGUACUAUUAAAGAUAACCUCAUAGACUGGAUAGUCAUCUCAUACUUGUUUGCUUCAGAAAUAGGUAAGUUUCUUAUGAGCCCUAGCUAGCUAGCUGAUGAAACAGGUGCUGUAUGGUUGUGAUUAGCUGUUUUGUUUCUAGUGCAUGUUUACUCUUUCAUUCUUAUCCCAGGUUGAAGAGAAGUAACACUUGUUUAACAGCGUACUUGGCUUAUAAGAGGUUCUCAAACGCAACAAUACUGGGUACAAAAGCCUAGAUAGAGAUUAUUAAUGAAAUAAUCAUGGCAAUGUGGUCGACUGUCUUCAUCUGACACGAUGCGUUCAAAAUCUGAUUUACAAAGUUCCACUCAGUCAUCGUGUCAGAGGGAACAAUAAGGGCCUGUCAUCCAUCAAUUAAACAGUGCCUGAGACUUUUUUGCUCUUGUAGAAUUAAUCAGGAACAAAGCUAAAUGAUAGUCACUGUUUGGCAGAUAAUGUCAAUUUCUGCCCAGCCAUUUACUAUCUAUGAAAAAAAAUUGCAGGUAUUUUGUAUUGAUACUUCUGCAUGACUGUAAGUACUGGUCACUAAGUCUGUAGCGUAAAACUGUAAUGAGAAGUUAAGAUUCCUCUUGUGUUGUUCGUAUUAUUAGUUCGGUGGUACUCAACUGGCAAUUAACGAUCCUGGAGUCAGCACUGACGAACGCUCCUUAGGUACUUCUCUGCCUCAGGUACUGUACAUCCAUGGCGAACUAUCCCAUGUUACCUGAUCUCCACAGAAGUGCUGAGCGUGUGCCUCCUCAGUACUUUGGCAGCUUUUCCUCUUCCUCUCCGCCAAUGUAGAAAGGCGGAAGAGGAUUAAAAUGUCGUCUACCUUUGAGCAAUUUGUAGCACAUAAGGGAUGAAGCGCUUCCCUUGACAGCAUUUAAAAAGAAAGAAAAGAGAGAAAUAGCCUCCCUUCUCUCCGUAACCACGGGAAGAGGAAGGAGGUGCAAGUGAGAAGUUACUGCACAGUCCUUCUCAGCAGCCAGAGAGGAGGAAGAUUUUUGUGGCACCUCACAGUAUAUCGUACAUGUCACUUAAUUCUCUGAAUGUAGCAAUUUCCAGUUUUUUUACAUUAUGUGUUACAUCAUUUGAUGACUGGCUCUCCACCUGCAACAGUUGAGUUCCACUUGGCUGGGUUGAUUUCCAACAUCUGAUUUAUUUAAUUAAUUUUGCGUUUCCAAACCUGUCUGCUUAAAGUUACCUACAUUACAAACCACCUGAAAGAGCAGCUUCAGUAUUAAACCACUGUUUUGUCACCUCAGUUGUUAGACAUUACUGUCUUCCAUGAUAUUUCAGUCAUAAAUGUAACGUUAUUUAUAAAGCAUUAAUCCAUUAAAACUAAACCUAUUUUUCAAUAUUUAUGAUAGUCUAUGUACAUAAAUUGUAUGUGUGUAUAUACUGUAAGUAUAAUGUAUAUAAUGUAGGUUUGGAAUCCAGGAUUUAUGUAUAUAUUCCUCUCUCAUUACUGAUUGUUACAUCAUUUCAAGGAGUUGUUCAUGUUGUCCAUCUGUAUAACAACUGUCCAAGGAAAGAUUGUUUUACAACAAAAUGCAAUGCUUACAAAGAUGGAAGAAAUGUGUUACGCCUAAGGUGUGUAAGAAAACACUAAGAUUGUAUUUAUUACAAAUGUAUAUGUUGCAAUAAACACAGGAGUCACUUGGGUCCAUAAAAAGCAUCGUUCAGGUUCAUGUAUACUUUUCCUCUAAAAUUUACCAUGGAUGUUACGAUUUCCUGAAUGGAGCAAUUUAACAGCUUUUACGAUCUAACGUAUGUUAGGCCCCCAAAUUCAGGCAUCCUACGGUACAUCCGUGUACAUAUGUAAAUAUCCACUGUAUUGUUAGAGGCCAACACUCUAGCUGCAGUUGUUGGCAGGGAGUGCAACACAGUUUCAAUGAAACAUUGUAUGUUUGUUUUAACGGAAAUAAAUAAACAGAUAAUCCU